UGUGUGUGUGUGUGUGUGUGUGUGUGUGUGUGUGUCAUUUCCUCGGUAACGCGUCACCUGCACAGUAGUUGCAGCAGCAGAGUUGCAGAGUCAUGCUGGAGCAGAAACCGCCCGCAGCUGCAGGACGGACACGACGCACCAGCGACUCCCACUGCUGCUGAGACAGAGACGGACGCUCCUGGGAGGACAGACGGCUGGACAAGCUCCAGGGUGGACAGCUCCAGCCCCGGGACACAUGACCCCGGGACGCGGGUUAGACAGCUGACUCGGGCUGCUGCUGGUCGGACAAGCGUCGUCACAGAUGAGGUCCGGAAAAAUCCCUGUUAAGAUACCACAGAUUGGAGCUGCAGACACUCGACAACCACUUCCUGUCCUCUUUUGUGAAAGCGUGAAUGGCAGAGAACCUCUGAAACGUCAUAGCGGAUCACUAACAGGCCCUUGAAAACCUGCAGCAUGUGGACCGGGAGGAUUUGAGGGAUCAUGACGGUUUGACCGGGGAGCGCUCGGAUGCUGACGUAAAUGCUAGCAGUCAUGUCGAAGCCUGGACGUGUGGGUGAGGGAGCCUUGUGCGGUUGGAGCUCGUUUCCUCACAGAGAAACUCAUGACCUCAAGUUAUUUUUCCCUGCCACAGGGCUUUUUCUCCAGGCUGCUCGCUCUGCCCGUCGGCGGCGUCUGUGAUCACCAACAGAGAGUUUGAUUGUGUGGGAAAUGUCGACUGUCUGAAUAGAUGUUUGUGCUCAUUCAUAAUUUCCGGCACCCCCCUUAUUUUUCAAAAUGAAGCACCUCAGGACAUCUGCUCACUUUAGACUUCACAUCCACGAGUUGACGACCAAAGGAAUUCCCUCUACUGACCGCCCCCAGUGGAAUAAGAACCCAAAAACACCUUGAUCUGUAGAAUCCUGCACGACUUGAUUUUCACUGCUGAAAAAUCAAAUCUGAACUGAACUGACUCCCUUUCACUCUCAAUUAUGCAUUGCCCUAAGAGGAAAAGACGUCCCACCCGUGACUCAGAUUUCUCAGCCAUCGUGGUUCCGUCCAUGCACGGGUUUGGAUAUCUCGACUACACCGUUGAGACCCACGCCUCCAGAGCCCUGACCGCCAUAGACGAGUUCAGGCGGCAGGAGAUGCUGUGCGACCUGGUGCUGCACGUCGCGUACAAGGAAAGGACGGUGGACUUCAAGGUGCACAAGCUGGUGCUGGCGUCGUGCAGCCCGUACUUCAGAGCCAUGUUCACCAGAGGCUUCCGGGAGUGCAGCGCGUCGGAGGUCACCCUGCGCGACGUUUGCCCCGAGGUGCUGGGAAGGCUCAUCGACUUCGCCUACACCUCGCACAUCACAGUGGGGGAGAAGUGCGUGUUGCAUGUUCUUCUGGCUGCUAUGAGGUAUCAGAUGGAGGAUGUGGCCAAGGCUUGUUGCGAUUUCCUCACUAAGCACUUGGAGCCUGCAAACGUCAUCGGCAUCUCCCGCUUUGCAGAAGAGAUCGGGUGCACAGAACUGCACCAGCGGUGCCGAGAGUACAUCAAUACACACUUCAGUGAGGUGACCAAAGUGGACGAGUUCUUCAGCCUGUCUCACUGCCAGCUGCUGGAGCUCAUCAGCCAGGACAGUCUCAAGGUGCUCUGUGAGUCUGAGGUGUACAAGGCCUGCACAGACUGGGUCCGGUGGGAAAUGGAGACCAGAGCCCAGUACCUACAUGCCCUUUUGAACGCAGUUCAUAUUUACGCUCUACCUCCAAAGUUCCUGAAGAACCAGCUCCUGUCCUGCCCCAUACUCAGCAAGGCUAAUUCUUGUAAGGACUUCCUGUCUAAAAUCUUCCAGGAUAUGACUCUGAGAAAGCUUGCUCCUGCACCGAUCCGUGGGACCCAGCUCAUCUACGUGGCCGGCGGAUACCAGCGGCACUCACUGGCCUCCAUGGAGGCUUAUGAUCCCAGGAGGAACGUCUGGCUGAAACUGGCAGAUAUGGGGGCCCCCUGCAGCGGUCUGGGAGCCUGCGCGCUGUUUGGACUCGUCUACGUCGUUGGAGGCAGAAACCUGUCUCUUCAGAAUAACACAGAGUCCAGCGCCCUGGGCUGCUACAACCCCAUGACCAACCAGUGGAGCCAGCGGGCGUCACUCAACACCCCCAGGAACAGGGUGGGGGUGGCGGUGGUGGACGGCUGCAUCUAUGCCGUCGGGGGCUCCCAGGGCUCCGUACAUCACAACACCGUGGAGAGGUGGGAUCCGGAGUCUAAUCGCUGGUCCUUCGUUGCCCCGAUGUCGGUGGCCCGUCUGGGAGCCGGGGCUGCAGCGUGUGGGGGGGCCCUCUACGUGGUGGGGGGGUAUGAUGGACAGAACCGCUGGAACACGGCUGAGAAGUACCAACCUGAUACCAACACGUGGCACGAGCUGGCUCCCAUGAACACCGUGCGCAGCGGCCUCGGAUUGGCGUGUGCCGGCUCUCACCUCUACGCUAUCGGAGGCUACGACGGCCAGAACCAGCUGUGCACGGUGGAGCGUUACAACACAGCCAGGAACAUGUGGGAGCCCACGGCCUCCAUGCAGGACUGCCGCAGCGCGCACGGAGUCACGGUCCACCAGGGAUGCAUCUUUGUCCUCGGAGGUUUUAACCAGAACGGCUUUCUGGCCAGCGUGGAGUGCUACUGUCCAGAAAAGAACCAGUGGACGUGCCUCACCAACAUGACGGCGGCGCGGAGCGGCAUGGGCAUCGCCGUCACCAUGGAGCCCUGCCCCGGCAGCCUGCCGGAGCAGGAGGACGAGGAGGAGGACGGAGUCACAUAGGAUCAAUUAAGUCGGUUCCAGUCUCUCCAGCGGCCUUUCAGGAGACGGUAUUGUGCAUUAAAGUUAAAAGUGUUCAAAACUGAAGAACUUGUUACAAACCUCUCCCCUUGUGGACUAAGUUGGCGUUGCACCGUGGAACGACGCACAAUUUCCCUUCUCUUGACAGAGAGAAAGAGACGAGGUGGAGUUGGACUAUGUUUUGGUGCCAUUCGUCGAGUUUGUUAACACUAUGAGACACAACCAGAACUACCCAAGUGAACUUUUUUGGACUUUAAUCACUUUUAUUAAAACCUGCAAGAUGAGACACUUGCUGUGCUGGAGGACUGCGCUCUCCGAGUCUCGACAAGUAACGGUAUUCCUCAGUCUCUUUAAUGGUCAGAAAGAAUUCAAAAUUUAAAAAGUGGACUUUUGAAAGCCUUGUAACGUCCUAACUUACUGUCUUCUUCAGUUUUUGUAAUUUGUAGCCAUCCUUUUAUUUACAGAUUUGUAUGUGUUGUUUUUUUUUCUUCUUUUUUUGUGCAAUCACUGUCUUUAUUCUGUUGUUGGAAAUAAAUGUAAUCAUGGGUGUAAAUUAUAAAAAAAAAAAAACAUAA